GACAAAGCAAAAGGGUGGACACUGGCAUAGAACAAAACCACUUGCCCCCACCCAAAAAGAAAAUUAAAAGCAUAAUGAAAAGGAGAAGGGGAAAUCAAACAUAGCCAGCAACAGCAUGAUGAUGUCUGUGGGGACUUCCAAUUCCAGCCUAUGCAUCUUUCCAGUCAAUAUUCCGGUCAAACAACCUCGCCGGAAAAUGGACGAGUCGUGGAGAAUGCGAAUGGGACUCACGCCGGGGCUCCCUCGCCGCAGAUCCAUGGAGGACCGCUCCGCCUCCCGCACGCGCCGCUCCAUCUUCUUCGCCGCCACCGCCGAGGCGGAAACCCUCGACCCCGACGACUUUGCCGAUGUCUUCGGAGGCCCGCCGAGGAGCCUCCUCGCGCACAAGUUCUCCAGGUCCAAUUCCUUCUACGAGGAGGUUUUCCGACCGCCGGAGUUCUCGUCUCCGGCAAAGUCGAAGGGCGGCCGGAGCCUGCCGGUGUUCCGGAUUCCAGCCAAGAACGAGGCGUUUUACAGCGACAUAUUCGGGUCGGAUGAUGACCGGCGGUCGCGGGAGCGGUCGGGGCCGCAGUCGAAGGCUAAAUCGAAGUCGAAUUCGUCGUCGGCGCUGAGUUCCGAGGAGCUGAGCCCUCUCCGGCCGGCUAUCGGUGAUGACGUGGCAUUAUCUGCCUUUGCUUCUAAACUCAGGCCAAUAAAUGUCCCAUGCAGAUGGAACUCAACCACUAUGAUGCCUGAGGAACACCCAAUUAAACAAGGGGGACCACUUUUUCUAUUCAAUAAUCACUCAUCUGAAGUUCAUUGUCAGGAUAAUGAGUACAAGGAGACCUUCAAGAGUCCUCGUUUCGGAUUCUCACGAAGAGUCUCCUCGCCAGAGACAAUUAGUCUCGAAUCCAAUUCAUACCAAAGCAUGAAGGUAUCCGCUGAGGACUGGGAACUCAGUUCCCCGUUCUCUGCUGUCUCUGGCCUUUGUCAAGAACCUGAGGCAAAAUCCUCGGUUCAUGAUUAUAUUCUUCCAGAAUUCGUCAUAGAACAGGACGAUGAUGAAGUUAUGAGCUCCUAUGUCAUAGAGGUCAACUCCAACCUCAGAGAGGAAAGUUGUGGAACAGCAGACAUUGAUGAAGCAAUAGCAUGGGCCAAGGAGAAAUUUCAAUCACGAAAUUCUGAUGAAGAAUCAAGCUUCAGAAAUGAAAGCAGUGAACAAACUAUAGCCGUGGAAGGAAGGUCUGAUGCAGGUGAAUGCCAUAGUGAUGAAUCGGGAAACAUUAAAUCUUCCAAGACAGAAACAGAGAAGCUGGACAGAGAUAUAAGAUUGUGGUCAUCUGGCAAGGAAACUGACAUUCGGCUACUCCUUUCAACACUACACCAUAUUUUAUGGCCUGAGAGUGGCUGGUAUGCUGUUCCUCUUCCGAACCUAAUAGAAAGUUCACAAGUGAAGAAGGCCUAUCAGAAAGCAAGAUUAUGCCUCCACCCUGACAAACUGCAGCAAAGAGGCGCAACACUCCUACAAAAGUAUAUAGCAGAGAAGGCUUUCUCCAUUCUUCAGGAUGCAUGGACUGCAUUCAUUUCUGAAGACGUUUCCUUCUAAACAGCAGGUGACUCCAAUUCCUGAUAACUCGGUUUUGGUUUAAAGCUCGUGGGAAAACAUCGAGAUAAACAUUUUGAAUGACUAAAGUGAUCAUAUCCAUGCAGCAAAUACACAAGAUGUACAUGAAAUUUGAAAGCAGCAUGUCCACUUGUACAAACUGUUGACUGAUGGAUCAUGGAUCUAUUGUUUUGUGUUUGUAUCAUAAGUUGUUGGACGCUUUUGUAGGUAUUAUUUUGGAAGUAGUUAACAGGAAGUUAUUUGGUUGGUUUCAGUACUUGAUUUGUAUAUGAUGACAUGAAACCAAGAAAUUAGCUUUUUAUUAUUCUUUUGGAACCUUAUUCCAUUCAGAUCUCAUCAACAGCAGCCCAUCAACCUUUUCAGCUCUUUCUGCUGGAUAAGCUUAUCAGUUAUCAUCACAUGCUCUUAGAUUCCUUUAGCCCUUUUUUCCUACAACAGAGAUUUCUUGGUAUGCCUACAAAUGGUCAAAUUGUAAAAUUGAAAUAUUUCCGGUAUCAUGUAUCAGGCUACUGCUGUGAACAAGGCCUGGGUCCAACUGCUACCUAUUCUAAAUUUCCAUGUUUACACAUAUUGGCUAUUCAGGAAAAUAUGUAACCUUUUACACCUACAUCAUGUACAUGUAAUUUCUAUGUCGUUGGUCUCUUGAUUA